AUGGAUCAAAAUUGCGAUACCAAAUAAGACUUUUACAAUAAAAAACAGAAAUAGAUUUUUAGCAAAUAUCCUAUUGACUUUGACAAGCAUUUUAAGAACUUGUUUCUAAGACUAGGAUUAGAUGAAAAUUGCUUUGGAAAGACUGAACACUGUAAACAUCCAAACAGCUGUUUUGUCGACAUUCUAAAAUACUCUUUAAAAUCUUUUUUAAUGGGAUACUCAGUAACAGCAGCUAUUGACAUUAUAGUUAUCCUUGUUAAAUAGUUUAAAAAACUAAAGAGUAACCCUUUUUUUCUACUAAUCACACUUAUCUCAAAGAAGAAUAUUCGUUUCGCUCUUUUUCCAGCACUUUAUACUUUGAUUAUGAGAGGAUUAACAUGCCUACUUAGAAGGAUUUUUAAACAAGACAAUAAUAAAAUUUCUUUUAUAAGCGGAUUUAUUGGAGGUUUACUUAGUCUCUGGGUAAGAGAAAAAUAAAAUAGAAGCAUAUGGGCUUUGUUUUUGAUAACAAGAGCUCUUGAUUCUUUAUAUAGAUAUCAGUUAAUAAGAAAAAGAAUCCCUAAGUUUGAUUUAGACUAUACAUUUGUUUACUGUUUAAUGAUUGGAUUUACUGUUAGCAUCUAUUUUACAGAGCCCUCAUGUAAUUCAAGGGGAUUACACAAAGCUUGGGAGAAUUUCUCAUGUGAAGACAUAUCAGAUUAUGGAAUAAGAUUUAUUUAUAACUCUAAAAUGAAUAAAGAGCUAGCAAUCAAAGGUAUUCCUCCUGAUGAGCCUAAUAAGUAUAUAAACUGGAAUAGGAAAUUCUGA